UUAACCAAUCAGAUCUUAGCGGAAGUACGUCAUUUUUAGAAUGAGAAAGGCUGGGUUUUGUCACUUUGGCCCUUGAAACCGGUUCCAUAGUUCAAUUUGAAGUGCCAAAUGUAAUCAGAACAGCACCAUAUAACUCAUUGAAUGUCAAGAUGAGUGGAUAUCUUGAUGAUCUUAGUAUUGUACAAGAGGAAAAGCUGAAAAAGUUCAGAGACCGUGUGAAAGAUGUAUGUACAGAUAAACACAAUGACUAUCAGUUACUUCGAUGGCUCAGAGCCAGGGAUUUUGACUUGGAUAAAUCAGAGAAAAUGUUCAGAAAUGAUGUAAAAUGGCGCAAGGACAACAAAUGUGAUACAAUCCUAGAUACAUGGAAGCCACCAGAGGUGAUUCAGAAAUAUUACACUGGGGGAUUGGCCGGGUUUGACAAAGAAGGGUGCCCUGUGUGGAUUGAUCCCUAUGGCCAUAUAGACAUAAGAGGCCUUAUAAGGGCUGCCAAGAAAUCCGACCUAAUUAAGGCACAAAUAUACCGAGCGGAGUACAUAUUCAGCACCCAUAAAACUCAAUCAGAGAAGCUUGGAAAGACCAUAGAUCAAGUGACGCUUAUCUUUGACUUGGAUAAACUGGGGACCAAACAUAUGUACAGACCGGGGUUGGAUCUCCUCAUUGAGGUGUUUGUUAUGUUUGAAGACCACUAUCCAGAAACUUUGAAAUUUGCAUACGUCAUAAACGCACCCAGGCUUUUUCCAGUGGCAUUCAGGCUGAUAAAACCAUUCCUAAGUGAACAUACAAGAAACAGAAUCCACAUUCUAGGGGGUAACUUCAAGAAAGAGUUGUUGAACCUGAUGUCACCAGAGGAAUUACCAGUUCAUUGGGGAGGAGAUAGGAAGGACAAAAAUGGGGACCCUAAGUGCUCAACUGAUAUCAGCUUUGGAGGUGACGUACCUGAAGAAUGCUAUCUCUCAGCAUCCACAGUUUCUAUAAGUGAUGAUUGGUUGGAACUGGAUGUGGGGCGGGGAUCCACUCAGAAACUGGAGUACGAAGUCAAGAAAGAGGGCUGCUUACUAAAGUGGGAGUUUAUGACAGAUGGUAGUGACAUUGGCUUUGGUGUGUUCAUGAAAACUGCCCCUGGCCCACAGAAGAGUGAUGAGAUGGAGGUUGUUGUCCCUAGCAACAGACUGAACAGCCAUAUUGUCCCUGAGGAUGGCAACCUUGAAUGUACCAAGACAGGCACCUAUGUGAUACGGUUUGACAACAGCUACAGUUAUGUGAAGGCCAAGAAGGUGAAAUACAAUAUUCAGGUCCUGGAAGCUGACACAAUGUCUGAUGUCAGCUUUCACUCUGCACAAGAUGUCACUUUGAUGUAGACCCACAACGCAUUUGACAUUGAUGAUGUCACAACUAUCCUUGCCUUGUGAUUAAUCUUACAUUUUAAUAGGACAUGAGCAGUCCGAACACAGAAAAAAUUGAAGAUACAAGAUACAGUUUUUAUAUUUUAUAUGCCAAAAUAAAACAAAAUAUGCUUAUGCAGUACAUAAUAUACACUGUGCAAUGGAGAUUGGUCAUCAUUGAGGAAUAUGGGUACCAAGAGAAGAAUAUUAUGAGAAACUCUAAAUUAAAAUACAUUGCAUUGCUUGAAACCAAGACAACUAGAUAUCGGAUCAUUUUUCAUGUGUGACCAGGAUGAUGCAAAAAUAGUCAUUUUAGGUUUGCUUAUAACAAAAGUCAAUAUUUUAACUUUUCUUGAGGCAGAUUUCAUCGCAAUAUGUUAUCCAAUGCAACAGGAAAUGAGAACAAUAUAGGACUUUUUUUCAAAAUGCGAUAAAAAGCAAGU